AUGAAGCAAGAUCAAGCUGCUGAUACUCUCCAGGGUGAGCUGUCCUUCAUUAAUCAGCAUAAAUGUAGCCUGAAGGAGAAAUAUCAAAGUGUGUUUGAAGGAAUUGCUCAGCAAGGAGACUCCACACUUCUGAAUAACAUCUACACAGAUCUCUAUAUCACUCAGGGUGCGAGUGAACAGGUCAACACUGAACAUGAGAUCAGACAGAUUGAAGCUGCUUCCAGACGUCAUCAGUCACUAGAGAUACAGGUUGAAUGCAAACAUUUGUUUGAAGCAGCUGAACAAGACGAGCAGAUCAGAACUGUCCUGACAAAAGGAGUUGCUGGCAUCGGGAAAUCAGUCUCUGUGCAAAAGUUUGUUCUGGAUUGGGCUGAAGGGAAAGAAAAUCAAGACAUCAGCUUCAUAUUUCCUCUUCCAUUCAGAGAGAUGAACUUAAUGGAGAAGGAAAGACAAAGUUUAAAAGACCACAUAACUCAGUUUUUCCCAGAGACUGAACUACUAGACCUUACAAGAAGCACACGAUUCAAAGUCCUGUUCAUCCUUGAUGGACUGGAUGAAUGUCGUCUUCCUCUGAACUUUGCUGGUAAUGAGACGUGUCGUGAUGUAUCUUCAGCAGUCUCUCUGGAUGUUCUCCUGACGAACCUCAUCAAGGGAAAUCUGCUUCCUUCUGCUCUCAUCUGGAUCACCAGCAGACCAGCAGCUGCCAGUAAGAUUCCUGCUGACUUUAUCGACCGGCUGACAGAGAUACGAGGAUUCAAUGAUGCCCAAAAGGAGGAGUACUUCAGAAAGAGACUCACAGAUCAGAAUCAGGCCAGAGAAAUCAUUGAUCACAUUAAACAGUCAAAGAGUCUCUUUAUUAUGUGCCACAUACCAGUCUUCUGCUGGAUUUCAGCCACUGUUCUCCAGAACAUACUGAAACUGAAACACAGGGCUCAUGCUGAAACACUGCAGGAAUCUCCCAAGACUCUGACACAGAUGUACAUACACUUUCUCCGCUUUCAGAUCCAGCAGAGCAGAAGAAAGUAUGAUGGAGAAAACACACCAGAUGUCUCCUGGGAUCCAAACCUCAUCCUUUCACUGGGGAAACUGGCCUUCCAGCAGCUGGAAAGAAACAAUGUGAUCUUCUAUGAGAGCGAUCUGAAAGACUGUGGCAUUGACGUCGAUAAGGCAUCGGUGUACUCAGGCAUGUGUACCCAGAUCUUUAAGGAGGAGACAGGAAUCAUUCUUGGUACCAUGUACUGCUUUCUCCACUUGAGCAUUCAGGAGUUCAUUGCAGCCCUUUAUCAACAACUGUUUCUAGACAUAAACAAGAAGCAUGUAUGGUUUUUUAUACAGAUGAGCAAAAAUAGAGGCAUGACUGAUUUGCUGAAGACUGCAGUGGACAAGGCUCUGGAAAGUGAGAAUGGACAUCUGGACCUUUACCUACGCUUCCUUCUCGGUCUGUCUCUCCAGUCCAAUCGACAGCUCUUACGAGGCCUGUUGACACAGCAGGAUGACAGUGACCAAAGCAAAGAGGAAAUAAUUGCCUACAUCAAGCAGAAACUUGAAGGUAAUCUGUCUCCAGAGAGAUCCAUCAAUCUGUUCUACUGUCUGAAUGAACUGAACGACCAAACUCUGCUGCAAGAGAUUCAGUCUCAUCUCAGUAGUGGAAGUCUGUCAUCUGCUGACCUUUCACCUGCCCAGUGGUCUGCUCUGGUCUUUGUGUUGUUGACCUCAGAGGAGGAGCUGGAGGAGUUUGAGCUUCAGAAAUUCCAGAGAUCAGACGAGUGUCUCAUCAGAAUAUCAGCAGUCAUUAAAUCCUCCAAAAGAGCUCUACUACAGGGCUGUAAUCUCACUGUUCAGUGCUGUGAGAGUUUGUCUUCAGCUCUACAAUCCUCAAACUGUGUGCUGAGAGAGCUGGACCUGAGUAACAAUGACCUGCAGGAUUCAGGAGUGAAGCUUCUCUCUGAUGGACUGAAGAGUGUGAACUGUAAACUGGACACACUGAGACUGGUCAUGUGUAAUCUCACUGCUCAGUGCUGUGAGAGUUUGUCUUCAGUUCUACAAUCCUCAAACUGUGUGCUGAGAGAGCUGGACCUGAGUAACAAUGACCUGCAGGAUUCAGGAGUGAAGCUUCUCUCUGAUGGACUGAAGAGUGUGAACUGUAAACUAGAGACAAUGAGAUUGUCUGGCUGUAUGGUGACAGAGGAAGGCUGUGGUUUUCUGUCUUCAGCUCUGAAUUCAAACCCCUCACACCUGAGAGAGCUGGAUCUGAGCUACAAUCAUCCAGGAGAUUCAGGAGUCAAGCUGCUCUCUGAACAACUGGAGGAUCCAAACUACACACUGGACAAACUCAAUCUGGAUCAUGGAGGACACACGAGGAUUACAGCAGGACUGCACAAAUAUGUCUGUUUCCUCACACUGGAUCCAAACACAGCACACACUCAACUCAUUCUGUCUGAGGAGAACAGAGAGGUGAAGUGUGUGAGAGAGAAACAGCCGUAUCCUGAUCAUCCAGACAGAUUUGAUGGUUAUCAUCAGGUGUUGUGCAGAGAGAGUGUGUGUGGACGCUGUUACUGGGAGAUUGACUGGAGUGGAGGUGAUGUGUUUAUAUCUGUGUCAUAUAAGAGCAUCAGGAGGAAGGGAAGAGGUGUUGAGUGUUGGUUUGGAUAUAAUGAUCAGUCCUGGAGUUUGAUCUGCUCUUCCUCCAGAUUCUCAUUCAGUCACAAUAACACACUCACUGAUCUCCCAGUGAAGGCGCUCAGCAGGAGAAUAGGAGUGUUUGUGGAUCACAGUGCAGGAACUCUGAUCUUCUACAACAUCUAUAGAGACACAAUGAGCCUCAUCCACUCAGUCCAGACCACAUUCACUGAGCCGCUCUGCCCUGGGUUUAGGCUUUAUUCUGGAUCAUCAAUGAAACUGGGCUGAAGUCUGACAAGAGAUUUACCCAGAAUUCUCUGCAGGAGCAGUGUGUGUGUAUGUGUGUGCACCCGUGUGAGUGAAUGAAUUCGCUACUAUGUGUGUGUGUGUGUGUGUGUGUGUGUGAGACAGAGAGAGUGUGUGUCCAGUACUUUCCCCAGAGGACUCUGUAAUUUGGCGUCAGAAAGUGUUGUGAAGACAGAAACAGGGUGAUGAGCAACAGUUGGUGCAGAUCCAUUAAUGAAAGAAAAAUAGGCGUCUCCUAUAACAACAUCAGCUCUCAAUAUCUGACCGCUGUUAUUUCAAGUGUGUUUGAUUACAUCCUGACAUACGGGGAGAAGAGAAAUGGAACAGCAGCACUAAGGUUUGUGUCAUGGCUCAGUAAAGCGUUUCCUUUCCACCCGAUCUACCCCUGUGCUGGACUGUGUUGGUGUGUGUGUGUGUUUCUUGCCGUAAAUAACAUCAGCCUUUUUGAGCCACAGAUACAGUAGGUGAGAGUUCAAUGUGGCCAUUACCGUCGCAUGAUCUACUGCCGCCGUUUUUUAAAAAAAAAGAUUGUGUUUUUUAGGUAUGACCGCAGUUUGCGACUAUGCCGUCAGGUGGCACAAAGAGACUGGAUGCAAACGGACAGAAAUAGACUAUAUACAUCAUAGAUUAUAUUAUUAGAUUAGCUGUAAAUACUCUGCUACUUGUAAAUAAACAUAAACAAUGAAACAAAGCAUUAUAAGUCCUUCAUUAAUCAUUGAAAAGACAACUAGGCAAUAUUAUUUAAAGGAAUAAAGAAUAACAAAUAAACCUUCAGGGUGAAGUGCUCAAGUCUGCUAUAUUCAGCACCAAAACACUAGUUGCUGUGAAAUUGUGUUGGCUACAACCAAUAAAUCAACCUUUAUCCAAUGGGAAAUUACAGUUAUUAAUAGUUCUCAUAUAAUAUACAUUUUCAAUAGCCUAAUCUACAAAUCAAACUAAUCCAAGGUUUUUCUUGAUGUUUGCAUAAUGAUAAUCUCCACCAAACUAAGGCUUUCAUUCUACAGCAUAUAAAACAUGUAUGCAAAUUAAGCAUAUUAUUAAGCAUAAACAUAUUACACUUUAAGGCUCAUUGUCUUUGUCUUUCAUUACAUGCAGCCCGCACACAUGAAUCACGAGUGAGACAGUCAUAAUCAUAAGACAUAAUCUUUAAACUAAUGACGUCUAUUAAAAAUAUUGACAGGUUUUGUAGUAAAAUAGCAGCGGAGCAUUAAUUAAAUGCAUAUUUAAGCUAUCUAUUUGAGGGAGCCUAUUUUUAUUUGACGGAAUAAAACAUGAUCGGACAAACAGCAUAUGCCGGUCCUUAAAGAAGAUUCAGUCAGUGUUUUCGUUUUAUAAUCCAAAUUUGUGAAG